CUGCUCUAGGAGGAUGGAAAUCCCUUGACCUCUGUCUGGACAGUGCUAAUUGGCCCUGUGCUGAUCACAUGCGCUCUCCCAAGAAACAAAAAACCUCUCUAGCAAUAUACACCAAACUGAGCAUGUGCAUGCCUACGGUUCAGUCUGGAGAUAAGAGAGGAAAAGAGAAGAAGGGAUCAAACAGCCUUUUUACACAAUGCAGAGGAUUAACUCCUUAGGUUCCACAGUGAGUAUAACAAGCAUGCUUUACUGCAUAUACAGACUGAUUUUACUGUCGUGGGUUUAG